AUGACGGCUGCUAGGGCUUCCAAUAUCUGGGCAACGUGGACCUCGAUCAGCGACGAUGGUCUGGUUGGCUGGGUACCCUCUACGGUAGCAGCGGAAGGCAUCCGGGAAGCGUUUGAAUCCGAAACCGGAAUGAAGUUCGUCACCGAGUGGAAAACGGGACCGUGGAGGAAUCCCAACGGAGAUGAUUCUGACGUCGACCUCGUGGUGGUUAGGAAGAAGUCGAAAAGUUCCAAAUUGAAGGCGAAGGAGGAGAACCAAACAAACGAAGAAGAAUGGGAAGGUGACCCUGACGAAGAUCAUGAUGAAACGGAAGAUCAGACUGAACGUCAGAAGGGAGGCAGAGAGAAGGUUGUGCCAUUCAAGACGCGAUUCACAGAUAACAUAUGGAAAGAAACCACUGUGCCGAACGACGGUGUACCGUUCUUUAGCGUAUCACGGUUCAUAUGUUCAUGUAUCUUCGGCAAAGACAGACAUGACAGAGGUAAACAAAGAAUGCGAAGACAUGAACAGGAACGAAAGAGAUCUGAAGAGGAAGGGACCCCUCUCCCCAAGCGAAGACAAAGAGCUGCUACAAGAAAGGUCUGCUGCCCAGCCAUGUUGGCUAUGAAAAAAGUGGUGCGGUUUCCAGACUUUAAGGUGAAUGAGUUCACACCCAAAAAGUGUCGUGAGAUGCGGGAGACCCUACGAGCCAAGCUACUUUCGGGGGAGGAGGUUCGGAGAGAGAUCCGUGUCUACAUGAAGCUACCAACGGAGGCAGACCACGCAAAACACGAGCUAGUUGGGGAACCAAAGAAGAAACGAAAGAAGCUGAUCAAGUACAACUCCAAUGCCCCAACCGCUACGCUUGAGGACAUUGAAAAUGCUUACAAGGUCGUUCAGAACAGCGCCCUCUGUAAGCGAACGCCCAUGAUGCUCCAUGCCGAAGUGUUGUUGGACCUGGACGUCGGUUGUGAACUGGGUCUGAAGCUUGAAAACAUGCAAACCACUGGCUCUUUCAAAGUUAGGGGCUUGGCCAAUCAGCUCGCUCAGAUUCCUCAGAGCAUCAACAAACAGGAAGUAGAACUGGUUACCAUGUCAGCAGGGAACUAUGGGAAGGCGUUUGCGUUCGCCCUACAGGAUUCGGGUUUCAAAGCGAGGGUGCUCAUGCCUGAUACGGCCCCAGCCAACAGGGAGGAAGUUAUGAAGAGUUAUGGUGUAGAAGUCGAGAGACUGCCUAACGAUGUUCUCAAGCCCACCAUUGAUCACUAUGUCACAGAAUAUGGAAUGCACUAUCUACAUCCCUUUGAUGAUUUUCAUCUGAUUUGCGGUCAUGGAAGCGUAGGCUUGGAGAUCCUGGAAGACGUUCCAGACCCUGAUGUGAUACUGGUAUGCUGCGGGGGAGGAGGUUUGCUGGCUGGAAUAGCCGCUGCUGUUAAACUAUCAGGGAAUUCUGAGACAAGGAUCUAUGGGGUCGAACCUGAGCAAGCUUGCCUGAUGUACAUGAGUAUGCAGCUGAACAAAGUUGUGAUAAAUCCCUCGGUUCAGUCUGUCGCCUCAGGAUUAGCACCACCCUUUGCAGGCUACAAUGCGUAUCGUCAUGCAGCCAAGUACGUUGAUGAUAUCCUGUUGUUGAGUGAGGCCGAGAUCAUUGCUUCCGUCACACGUCUUUACCAUGCUGGCCUGGUGGUGGAGCCAGCAGGAGCAGCAGCCUUCGGGGCACUUCUCUUCAGCAAGGUGCCAGACAUUGAGGGCAAGAAGGUGGUUGCUGUCAUCACUGGUAGUAACGUCUCGCCGGAAGAGCUUUGCAAUAUCGUUCAGACAGCAUCGUGACAGGGUUCAUAGUAGGUCAUCAGGAGUAAAAAGGCAGUCACUGGAAGUAACAUCUUACUAAAAGAGCUUUGCAAUACUGUUCAGAUGGCAAUGUGACAGGGUUCAUAAGAGGACAUCAAGGUCAAGAAAGCAGUUGCUGUGAUCUCUGGAAGUUACAUCUUGUCAGAAGAGCAUUGUAAUAGCAUUCUGAUGCCAUCGUGACAGGGUUCAUAGUAGGUCAUCAAGGGCAAAAAGGCAGUCUCUGAGAUCACGCCUCACUAAAAGAGCUUUGCAAUAUUAUUCAGACUGCAACAUUACAGGGCUCGUAGUAGGACAUCAAGCUCAAGAAAGCAGUUGUUGUGAUCACUGGAAGUUACAUCUCGUCAGAAAGCUUUUUAAUAUCAUUCCAAUGCCAUCGUGACAGGGUUCAUCGUAUAACAUUGAGGGCAAGGUGGUGGUCGCUUUGAUCAUUGGAAGUAACGCCUCGUUAGAACAGCUUUGCAGAUAUCGUUCAGACAGGGUUCAGAGUAGGUCGUCAAGAGUGAAAAGGUGGUUGCUUUGAACACUGGAAGUCAUAUCUCGCCGGAAAAGCUUUGCAAUAUCGUUCAGAUGGCAUUGUGACAGAUUUCAUAGUAGGACUGAACGAUUGGAAGAAGCAGCUUGGACCUACAUGUAAAAUGUAUCAAUUGUCUUGUCUAUCAAAAAAUAGCAGUACAGCAAGACAAUGCUGUUGCAGGAUUCCUUCUGCAAAGAUGGUUGAACAUGCAAGGGGCACCAUGUCUCGAUUAUCAAAGAGCGACAGUACUGCGAGGCAAUUUGCAGGACUUAUCCUACAGGGAUGGUUGAAGAUGAAGUUUGGACCUAAAGAUGCAUCCUGUGUCUCGACUAUUGACAAACUGCAGUAAGACUGCCUGCAAUGAUGGUUGAAAAUGCAAGUUGGACCUAAUGAUGUAUCAUGUCUUGGCUAUCCAAUUGCAAUAUUGGAAGGCAAUGCCUUUACAGGACAUUCUGCAAUGAUGGUUUAAGACACAAUUUGGACCCAAGAUUCAUCAUACCUUGGUUAUCAAAGAACUGCAAUACUGCAAGGCAAUGUUGCAGGACCCAUUCUGCAAUGAGAGUUGAAGGCAGUCGGACAACAAUAUACGUGCUAAAUUAAACGUAAUUGCACAAAUCUUCAUCCAUCAAAGAAUUAGAUGUGAAUUUAAAAGAAAUGUUCACAGAUGAGCAUGUCAUGUGAUGUCUUAAUCAAUUCCCCUCCAUAUAACAUACCUGCAAAGUAGUCCUGAUUUUCCGUAAAGUACUGAAAACUGAAAAGAAAACAAAUGGUUUCAUGCACAAAAUACUGAUUUCUAAAAUUUCAGUUUUAUGUGUUGUCCUAUGG